UUUCUCUUGUGGGCAAAGAAGCGCCUUCAUGAAUGAAGUCACGUGGCCAAACACGGUGACGUCUGGCUUCGGUACAAGAGAAAGGAAUCAACAAGGGAAGCACGAGCGGGCUCCUGUCAGUCACACGGACGAUUCGACUGCACCUUUUUUAUAUAUUCGCUCGUCCGCAUGUCGUUGUAAGAAGAGGAGUCGGACGGUUUCAACUUCAAACAGCGUCAUUUGUGAGUCAGACCAACCAGCAAUACAGGUGGACACGGCUUUCGUGGCAUGACUACCACAAACAAGGGAAACAAGGCCUUGAAGGUGAAGCGGGAGCCGGGGGAAAAUGGCACCAGCCUUACUGACGACGAGCUGGUCACCAUGUCGGUGCGGGAGUUGAACCAGCAUCUACGAGGGCUAACCAAGGAGGAAAUCCUGCAGCUGAAGCAGCGGCGACGUACCCUGAAAAACCGGGGCUAUGCCGCCAGCUGUCGGGUAAAGCGUGUCACCCAGAAAGAGGAGCUGGAGAAGCAGAAGUCUCUGCUGCAGCAGGAAGUGGACAAGCUGGCCACAGAGAACGCUAGCAUGAAGGUGGAGCUGGACGCUCUGCGGUCAAAGUACGAGGCCCUCCAGAGCUUUGCCAGAACUGUGGCCCGCAACCCCGUCACCUCAGCCAGGGGACCAAUGGCCUCUGUCAUAGGACCCCUCAUCCCUGGUAAAGUAGCUGCAACCAGUGUCAUCACCAUCGUCAAAUCCAAAACGGAGGCUAGGUCGUAGUAGCAGAGGGGGGUCGGCAGAAAGAAGAUUGUCAAGAUUAAAUGGGUCAGUGCAUUGUAACGUGGCCCAGGAUUAACCUGUGUACGUUCUCCGUUUUAUCGCUUGGCACCCACACUUUUUUACGCAUCCGCUUUUUUAAGUACGACUCAGCAAUCUGCGCCUCGUUUUGUGCUGAUGGAUGAAACCAUCAAAUCAGACUCUCACUGUUGGUUAUUUAUUGGCAAUGCUAAAUUAAAAAAUGUGGCUAGAAAUGUUCAAGAAGGCAAUAUCGGGUGGCAAAGUUGCAUCAAAGUCCGAAUUGUAUUCGCUUGUUGGUUUUAAAUGAUGACUGGUAUGUGACGUGCUGGUUCCCGUUUUUAAGAAUUGUAAUCUGAAUGCAGCAGAAACAAUAGAAAGAGCCAGCACAUGUCUGAUUCAAAUCCUCUUGGCUUGUUAUUAUGCACUGACUCAAAUUAGGAUGAACACAACAAGUGGCCACAGACACUUGUGUGUGUGUGUGUGUGUGUGUGUGUGGACGCUACAGUUGUCUUCAAAAACAGCGUGACUAACCCAGUAGUCGUAAAAAUUAAUCAUUAUGUGUGGUUUUGUUGUCGUCUGUCAAGAAUAUAAGCGUGAAAUAAUGCUCCCAGAUUUAGCAUUCAUUUCUGUUUAUGCAUCUGUGACAGGCUUUAAUGAACUUGUCAUUAUCAAUAUGACUGGUAGAUGCAAUAAUAUAUGUAUGCACUGAAAAUACAGAGAGGUCUUGCAUAUUUAUGGUUAAGUGGAAACGUUAAAAAUGAUCAGCCGUUCUUAAUGAUGUUUCAGAGCUCAGUGCCAUUCCAAUGUGUGACAAGAUUCUUCUACAGUAUCAGAAAAUCUGAAUGUUAUUACAGAGAUAUCCUCAUGUUUUGUGGGGCGACGGUGAAAUCCACAAACGUUUUGAAACAUACUUUCUGCUCAUAGAUGAAAUACGUUGUUGUUUUGUUUUGAAAAGUUAUACGGUAUAUUGAAAUUUUUUGUAAUUACUUGUCGACAGGGCCCUCAGAUAUUUCCAAAAAAAAAGAAAAAAAAAAUCUUUACACAAGCUUUACUGUUUGAAUUGUUAAGGUGUAGAAACUUUGUCUAAUGUUGGGUUCUUGGUUUUUAUUACUAGGUAGAUUACCUUCCAUUGUUUAUAGAAAUACAGAAAAGAAAAAUGAAAAAAAAAAAAAAAUUACCUGUGACAUCUUUUUUGCAAUUGUACCGAAAGUGGCUUACUAUUGAAGUCUGAUAGCUUUUUCUAGUGACUAGGCGCGUACUGUGGGGUAGCGCGUGAUGUGAUGUGUAAGUGACAAGUUGGCAGUGUCGUUCACUGUAUAGAUGUCAAUGCUGUGCUAUUUAAAACAAAUACAAAAUCUGUAGAGCUAAACUAGGUGGUGUAAACAAGGUCAGUUGUCUUUGUGCGUAUUGGCAUCUGUGAUAUCCUCUGCUUCCUCUGUGUUCGUUACAAAUCAUAUUGUCAUGAAGAGUUUACCACAUUGAACCGCGUGAGACAGAAUUGGGGCGAAACGGCAUUAGUCGACAUUAAUUCUAAAGGCUUUUACCAGAAAAGUGAAUAAUGGUUGCACCUGGUGCUGGAUGCCCUCUAAACACAUCCUCCGCAACCUGAAAGCAAAUGACUCCAUUAAUGGGCAGAUUUAAUUGUUGUAUUCACUUCAGCCGCUUAAUAGGUGUGAACUGGAAAGAUGAACGUCUCAAAUUUACCUUUCUACAGACUAAACAAAAUGUGAAGUUUGCCAUUUUAUAGUAGAUGUGUGUGUUUGUUUUUUUCCCCCCCUUCAUAUAUAGAUGAGAAUCCUUGCAAUGGCUGAAGAUUAUAUCAAAAAAAAAUAGAGAAAUUAAUAGACAACCACCACCACCACAUUGAGCAGCAUCUCUUUGUAAAUGUACCCACUGGUCUUCAGGUUGUUGAGGGUUUGUAUGCACUAAGCUCGGGCUUGUUUUGCUCAGGACAAAACAGGUCACUCUGAAAAAUGAACAAAAACCAAUCGAGACGAGAAGUGGAGAUGGCAGCUCUGUUCAUAUCUUUUCCCCUCCUCCGUUUCUUCCUUUUUUCCUUUCUAAUAAGCAUGUCAUAAAAGGGCUUCAACCCCGUUCCGCGGAAAAGAGAGAGACACAGUACGAACACGUAGAAUUACAAUCAACAAGAAGCCGCCAGCAGCGCUCCUUCUGUGCCAAGUGUCGCAUCACUCUCCGGGUCCUUCUAAAAGGAAAUCUUAACACUGAAGCAGUUUUUACACCUCAAGGUGAAAGUAGUUGUGUAAUGACAUUAACAGAAUGCACUUCAUCCACAUCUCACUCCUGCUGGACAGAAUGUCUUACAGUGUCGGCGAGGUGUUAAUCUACUCUCAGAAAGAAAAAAAAAAGAAAAGAAAAAAAAAAAUCACCUUCACAGAAACACCACGCUGGAGACACGGGCGCCGGUUCUACUGUCCGUGUGCAAGUGUGCUAUCCUCAUUUUGUCAACACGCUUCGCUGUCCACAUUGACUGGUUAACUGUGGGAAAAAUAAUGUAUCUGACUUCUUGACAUAGCCCAGUAUUGAUGUUGGCGUCUUUAUUGCUGUGGCUGUCCCGUGGAGUGAAUCUUUUUUCGUGUCAAGUGUCUUUAAGGUGUUGGGGGAGUGGCGAAUGUCGACGGCGCUCUCUCUUACUCACACAUACAGGUGUAUAGUAUGUAGCUUACAGUAGGUAUUAAUCACCAUUGUGAAAAGUGACCCUUAAUAUGCAACUCAGUGGAAAGGUGUGUAAGAGUAAUCAAUAUUGUCAAAGUGACUAUGGUCUGUUAUUUAAUAAACCUAGCUGUUUUGUAGGUUUUUUUUUUGUUUUGUUUACGUGAAAUGUUUUGUUUUGCAUAUUUGGCCCUUGUUUAUCAUAGCGAACAUGUUAAAACUGUAAUUUUUUUAUUUUUUUUUUACGUUUUAAGGAAUCACAGGGAAAGUUGCACUUGACCUAUACUGUAUAAAAUGAGCCUGGGCGUGAAUUGGACUUUUGAUCUGACUGAAAUCCGUUGCUAUUAAUAUACAGUUUGUUAGGUUUUGUUGCACUGAGUGAAACUGAUGCUACAGUAGAUUCUGUCACAAGGGCCACUUGCAAUAUUUGUUUUCCUUUUUCAUAUGCUGUGUGUGUGUGUGCGCGCGCGCGUGUGUGUAUAUUUGUGUGACUGAGGUUCCUCUGCUGCUACACCAGUCAUUAAUGCUCGUCGUAAAAGUCCCUCACAGCGUUUCUGUUUUUAUUCCAUGUUGACUGUGUAUUUUUGGAAUUGAUCUCAACACUGUAAUUUUGUUCUGCAGAUAUAUGUUUUAAUUGGUUAUGGCUUCUUUAUUUUUUUUUCUUUUAUUUAUUUCUGUGUUUUUUUUAACUGUCCAGGAGGAUAAAUAACAGCACUUGUGUGGCAGUUGACUUUAAUAGCUCUCAAGACAUUACCCCCUCACCCUCCACCUCUGUAUUAUUAUGCUUUGUGAACAGUUGACUGUGCAGGUUUUUCCCCCUUAACUCCAAGGAGUGGGUCUGUGUUUCAAAGGUAUAAAAAAAAGAACAAAAUAUGACUAAAGCGAGUAAUACAAAGUUAAUAAUCUGUUUUUGUUAUUUUUCUGUAUGGGUUGUAAUAAAAAAAAUAUUGCAGUACUUUGUAUCAAAACAAACAAUAGUUAAUUGUAACUAUUUAUAAAUUAAAUUAUUGUACUUUUUUGCAAUCUGUAGAUAAGUACUAUGUAUUCAUAUAUACAGUAACAACUGUGGAUUUAAACGUGAUUCUCCAAGGUGUCUAAGUUAUUGAUGUAUAUAUUGUAUGUUUGUUGAUACAGCUUACUUUAUUUUCUAUAAGACCAAUAAAAAUGUUUUGAAAAAGGA